CUGAUUGCGAUCGCUUGGGACUUUCAUAAUAUGACAAAUUGAAACAGUUAUCUUUCGUCAUUUAUUAGUAAAUUAUUUAUUAGUUUUUAUAUAAGUUAAGGUUUUCAGUUUUAAUUUUUUUUAUUUCGUAAUAAAGUGGGUAGGACAGUUUAAAAUGGCGCAAAAUAUAAGCGUAGAUUUAAAGGAUGAUGCGUCUGCAGUUGUUCCGAUGGUGCCUGAAAUGGUCAGUAUCAAACAUCCUCUCGAGCGACCGUGGAGCAUCUGGUAUAAUUCUAAUGAUAAAAAGAAUUGGGAGGAUUGUCUUAUAGAACUCACUACGUUUGACACCGUGGAAGACUAUUGGUGCCUUUAUCACCAUAUGUUGCUACCAUCAGAACUCCGUCAAGGUCAAGAUUAUGCAGUAUUUAAACAAGGCGUCCGCCCUAUGUGGGAAGACUCGAAUAACGUAUCCGGCGGUCGUUGGGUCAUUAUGGCUGAAAAUUUGCACCAUUUAAACGCCAUUUGGUUAGAUAUUGUUCUCCUUUUGAUUGGGGAAAAUUUUGAAAAUAUGGAUAUGAUUUCUGGUGUUAUAGUUAAUGUCAGAUUUCGAAGUAAAGUCGUCAUUUGGACAACAAAUAAGUCGAGGGAGGAAAACAUUAAAAUUGCUAAGAAAGUGAAAAAUACUAUCGCAAUUCGUCGAAAGUUCGAUUUUCAAGCACACAAUGCUUCAAAAAUAUUGUUCAGUUUGUAGUUGCUUGUUUCAUAAACAAUUGUUAGUGUUUUAGCUGUGUUUUGCUUUCUUUUAAAUAUUUUAAAUAAAAGACAUUGACAGCUAGAAAAA